AAGUACGAUUUUUUUCUUUAAAAAUAAAAAACCUGGAGAAUCAGCAGAACAACAACAAAAAAAAAAGGCUGCUGAUUUAUAUCUGAAUUCUUCUUCUCUCAUCCCAGAGCUGUCAUUGCUCAGGUGAUUCCCUUCUCAGAGUUUAACUGAAAAAUAUUGAUUGUUUGUAGAAGAAUGGCAGCUGCCAAGACGGAGAUGCUUCUAUCUCCUCUGCAAAUAUCAGAUCCUCUGUGCAAUUUCCCCCACUCCCCAAUGGAUAACUACCCAAAGCUGGAAGAGAUGAUGCUCCUCAAUCCAGGAGGGACACAGUUUUUAAGUCCCUCUGUACCGGAGACCACUGGCUUUGGCUCUGGGGAACCUGGAGACCAAUAUGAACAGUUGACUGGAGAUACAUUUACUGAUAUCUCCAUGAAUGGUGACAAGUCUUUGGCUGAGCCAAGUUACCCCAACCAGACCUGCAGGCUGCCUCCAAUCUCCUACACUGGGCGCUUCACUCUAGAACCUGCAAAUUGCAGCAACAGCCUGUGGGCAGAACCUUUCUUCAGCCUGGUCAGUGGACUGAUGGGAAUGGCAAACUCACCCACCACCUCCACUCCAUCCUCAUCUCCCUCGUCCUCAGCAUCCCAGAGUCCUACAAUGAGCUGCUCCAUCCAGCACAGUGAGCCCAACCCCAUCUACUCAGCAGCUCCAACCUACUCCAGCGCCAGUUCUGACAUCUUCUCUGACCAGUCCCAGACCUUCUCCAGCCAGGUCAGCAGCUCCAUCCAGUACCCUCCACCAGCGUACCCCAUCACCAAGACCGGCACCACAAACUUUUCAGUGCCCAUGAUCCCAGACUACCUCUUCCCACAGCAGCAAGCCGAUGUCUGCCUGGACCAGAAACCCUUCCAGAAUCUGGAGAACCGAAACCCACAGCCUUCCCUCACACCUUUGUCCACCAUCAAGGCCUUUGCCACCCAGACAGGUUCUCAAGACCUGAAGAACACCUACCAGUCCCAGCUGAUCAAGCCCAGCAGGAUGAGAAAAUACCCGAAUCGCCCCAGCAAGACCCCUCCCCAUGAGAGGCCCUAUGCUUGCCCUGUGGAGACUUGCGACAGGAGGUUCUCCCGCUCCGAUGAGCUGACCAGACACAUCCGUAUUCACACAGGGCAGAAGCCCUUCCAAUGCCGCAUCUGCAUGAGGAACUUCAGCCGCAGUGAUCACCUGACCACCCACAUCCGCACUCACACCGGAGAAAAGCCCUUUGCCUGUGAAAUCUGUGGCCGCAAGUUCGCCCGCAGUGACGAGAGGAAGAGGCACACCAAGAUCCACUUGCGGCAGAAGGAGAAGAAGGCAGAGAAGGUAAUUCCAGUCUCAGCUCAGUCUUCAGUCUCCAGCUACCCCUCUCCAAUAACGUCCUACCCCUCUCCAGUCUCCUCUUACCAAUCUCCAGUACCCUCCUGCUACUCCUCUCCCAUGCACAACUCCUACCCCUCCCCGUCAGUGGCUACCUCCUACCCCUCAGUAACUACCCCCUUCCAGAGCCAGGGAGCCUCUACCUUCCCCACAAACAUUUACAGCUCACCUGUCGCCACUCCUCUGUCAGAUAUGCAGUCAACUCUCUCUCCAAGGACAAUUGAAAUCUGCUAAGAUGAUCAAAUGACUUUUCCACACGCACUUUCCGUGUGCAUUCUUAAGGUACCUGAAGAGUAAAGGCUAGGACUAUUAAAAAAUAAAUUAAAAAAAACACAAAAAAAACCUCAGAGAGUUAAAAGAAAAUGAGCAACAUAAUCAGCACUUCAGAAAGAAGUGUUCCAAAUGACUUUAAACAGCAACUGGCACUUAAAGCUUAAGAUCUUUAGAAUCUCUCUCACUCUCUUGCCCCAACUCAAGGACAGUCUGCAGAUCUGAGACAAUCGGAUCAACCACAAAAAGACUUUGAUAAUAUACAUAAACUAUAUGUAUAUUGUACAUGUGCCAUGUUUCGUUUAUCAUUCUUUGGUACUAUUGAUGUGAAAACUUAUUUGCAUAUCUACAUUGUAUUAUUUGAAGUUAACAGGGCCAUAUUUUAUAAAUAUUUUUCUCUUUUCUGUCGUGAUGAUGCUGUGAUGAGUUUUGAAUUUGUUUGGAAAGCACUUAAGUGUUCAAAGCAUGUGUAGGAGUGAUGCUCCUUUAUAUUAUUUGUAAAUAUCACCCACUGCCACUCUCACAUGUGGCAAAAAAACAAAAAAAAACAAGUUCUGUUUUAAAAGUUUUCAAACGUUUUGGUGCCUUUUGUGAAGCCUUGCUGACGUUUUGACACAGAGUUGUGUAAAUGGAUGCUUUGCAUCUAGCCUUAAGGUGAAAGGGAUUUAUUUACGAAUGUAAAAGGGAUUUCAAGAGAUGGAACAAUAACAAAAAUAAUUAUUUGAAGGCACAGCUUCAUUUCUUUAGAAUGUAAGCAAAAAAUCUCAAAAGUAUAUUUUUGUAACUAAAAUGUAAAUAUCUCUCUAUAUUCAGGAGUUGGAAUGUUGUAGUUACCUACUGAGUAGGCAUGGAUCUUGUAUGUUAUUAACAUGCAGUCAUUAUUUUGUGGUUAUUUUUAUUUUGUAAUUGUGUUUGUUAAACCAAGUGACUGUUUCUGGCUUCAAAACACAUUGAAUGCGCUUUACUGCCAAUGGGAUAUUUGGUGUACAAGAUAUCCUUACAGAGAAGAAAUAUAAAUGGAAUAAAAAUAUAAAUAUA